AGAAGAACUCAAGUCUAGUAUUUGUAAACUGGUUAAGUAAAAUGCCAUUAAUGAUUUUUUCCGUAUUGAUAUGUCUAUGGCUAGCAGAUAAGUAGACUUAUGCAUGUGUUGUUGACCUUGUCUUGACGAGUCCGAUUUCGGCGACAUUAACCAGCAAAAUCAAGUACAUCAAAAGGAAAGAACCAUUUCAAUAUGUGGAUAUAUGUAUUCCAUUACGUGGACGUUAAAAUCAUUAGGAAAGAAUAAUGUAGUGCGUUUAUAACCACGAGGACACCGACAAUAAGAUGGUAGAAGAAGAAUGUUGUUCGAUCCAAAGCAUCAUCGUUGCGUCGUCGUGUAGAAACAGCAGCGCCGAUCAGUUAUGCAACUUUUGAUAAAAUUGUUUCUUGUCCGCUAUCCGAUAGUAGUAACCGGUAAAAACAACUACGAUCAGUGCGCUUUUGUUACCUGUACAGUUAUAAGAAAAUUUCUUAUGAUGAUUCGUCUUUAUUUUAUUGUCAUUACUGCGAUUGCAGCCAUAUCGGAUAUAAACGCAGAUAACCUGUGUCCUGAAAGAAACGGUCGGUUCCCGUUGGGAAACCAAUGUGAUAAAUAUUUACAAUGUGAAAAUGGUAUUCCUAGUGAAAAAUUUUGUCCUGAUGGAUUAUUUUUUAAUUCUAAAGCAUCGAUAUUUUCAUAUCCAUGCCAAUACCCCCCAGAAGUAGAUUGUGAAGGAAGAACUCAAUUACAGCCACCUCAACCAACAAGAGACUGCGCACGACAAUUUGGAUAUUUUAGAUUGGGUGAUGAAACUCAAUGUAGUCAAUUUUUAAUUUGUGUGAAUGGCAUAGGAUACACAAUGGAUUGUCCAGAAGGAUUAGCAUUUAAUGAAUUAACAUUUAGAUGUGAUUGGCCAGAUCAAGUUGACACAUGUGAUGCUGAAGCUUUUCUGGGAUUUAAAUGUCCACAUUUAAAAAAUGAAUUAGAAAGUUACAAACUAUAUCCACAUUUGAACGAUUGUCAAAAAUUUUAUCUGUGUGUCAGCGGCAGACCGAGACUUUAUAAUUGUGGAACUGGAUUAGGAUUUAACGAAAAUAUUAAUGCUUGCGACAUAAAAGAAAACGUAUCAUCGUGAGAAAGUCAGUACGGUAAAUUUGGGGGUUCUGGAUCCUAAUUCCAAUAUUUCUGCCACCAGAUUGUGGUAGUGUUGCAAGUAGGUCAUGUCUAUAAUAGUGGAGAAUGAAAGUGGAAUCAAAACUAAAAUUACCUACCAAAACACAACACCUUUUUUUGAAUGAACCAUCUACAUAGUGCAAAUAUUCUCUUUAGUGUGUCUGUCAAGAGUUCAAAUCUUUGUUGUAGAAGCACCGUGGAUCAUUGUUGUUCAGUAACUGAUUUAGUCUAGAAUUUUCUUAGACAAUCAUGAUGACGAUAUUGUUAUCAGGAACGUAUUUCUUGAUUAUGCUACGUUUUCGUACCCUUCUCAUGUAAAUUAUGUUAGCAAUCAACGAAUUCGAUAUUCUUUUGAUUUCUGAGUAUUCAAUGUUACCAUAUUUCAUAAUAACUGGUGUAAUGUCAUUGAAAUCAAUUGUUUACCAUUCGAGAUUUGGCUAUAAUAUUAAUAAAAUAUUCUAGAUAAGACUUACGUUUGAAAAUCCAGUAUUUAUCCACAAACAUAUCUGUAUGGAUAGCGGACAUUUACUUUAACAAGUGAUUUUUACCAAAAACAUCUCUAAGAUUCGUUUUUCUUCAACAACAAUACUCAAAUACUCCAAUUUUCUUCUUGAUCAUUGAAAUCAAAUUGAUAACUUUGUAAUUGAUAUUGCCAUUAUAAUCCAUAAACUUUCAUAGUUGUUUUUAGAUUUCAGCAAUUCGAUUAGUCAUCUUGAAGUUUAUCGCAUUAUAUAUCAUAAUAAAAUGAAUAAGAAGUAUGCUCGAUCAAAUUAGUGCGCAUGAUAUGCCUAGGGGCAAAAUAUGCAACCAACAAUAAACUCAACAUGACGUCACAUGUAAACGCAUUGCGUUGUAUAUAUUCUAUAUUAAGGGGCACUGUCCCGAUUUAGCCAAGUAUUUUAAUGAUUUUUUUUUAGUUAAUUUCGGUUUUAAAUUUCAUUUAUAAUUUUUUUAUUAUUAUUAUUAACUUCAACUGUGUUGUAAUACAUCUUUAUUGUAUUAUCUGCUACACUGUAGUAGUUUAUAAACUAAGAUUUAACUCGUUGAUAAAUCUAACCUGAGAAAAACUUUA